CAUCACCUCUUCCCGAGAUAUCAUCAAACAUGGCAAAUCCAGUAAAUGAUACUGUGCCUACAUACAAUGCAGGAGAAUACAUCACAACGACCGGAAUGGCAAAUCGAGUUGCACGCAAUGCACGUGUGUAUGGUUCAUCAAACAUAAUGAUGGGUGGAAAGUGCAUCAUUCAUACACACGCAAUCAUUCGUGGAGAUCUGACAAGAAGGGAAAAAGCAGAAUCAGAAACGAGCGCAGAAAAGACUAGAGACAUUCGAUCUUCUUCUGCCCCUGUUGCAAUCACAUGUGGACGAUAUUGUGUGUUUGGAGAUAGUUGUGUGGUUAGACCAGCAUACAAGGUAUACAAAGGACUAUUCUCGUUCUACCCCGUACGAAUGGGUCAUCAUGUGCAUAUAGGCGCUGGAUCGAUAGUAGAAUCAGCAGUGAUUGGGGAUCAUGUGGAGAUCGGAAGAAACUGCAUUCUGGGAAAAUUGAGCGUUUUAAAAGAUUCAAUACGGAUUUUAGACGGAGCUGUUGUUCCUCCAGGAACGGUUUUGACAAGUGGUACAGUUUGGGCAGGAUCUCCUGCCAAAUGCAUCGGUGAUGUCGCGGAAUCUUUUGCUGAACAACAUGAAAUUCGAUCAAAAGAUUACUAUAUGCGAUUCAAAGAGGCACCACGAGCAUGAGAGAAGGGGUACCUUGUAUGUGUUUCUAGACUUUCUUACGUUUCAUCUGUAUUUUUACAAUAUACCAAGCAU